CCGCUGAUUGUAGUUCUCAUCAUCCUUCUCCUCCUCUUCCUCCUCUUUGUGCAAGCGCUGCGCAACAUAAAAAGUCCACCGAGUUCAAACUAGCUGCUUAAGACGCGCCCACUCUUUCUUGCGUUGUGCAGUUUUGCAAGGAGAAGGGAGAGUGGAUCUGCUCUGCGUUUCAUGAGAAGGGAACACUUGUUGUUACUCGAUAAAAGUCAGUUCAAACUCGCUUGGACAUGGUGCUGCCAAGAGUUAUCCGUGCUGUCAUCAUGGGACCCCCGGGGUCGGGGAAAGGAACGGUGUCUGGGCGCAUUACCAAAACUUUUGGACUGAAGCACAUUUCCAGUGGGGACAUUUUGAGAGCCAACAUAAACGCGCAGACCGGUCAGCGUUGUCAGGUUUAUACUGCAAACAUUUGCGCCAGAGUUACCUGGACCUUGGAGGAAGGCCCGCUACUGCUCAAUAUCACCUUGGAUGUGGCUGAGAGCUGUAAAGAUAAGAUAGCCGUGAACUUUUGCUUCAUGAAAGGAGGAGUUACACAUUUGAAGGAAAAAAAAGAGCUGGGGCUGCUAAUGAAGUCCUGUAUUGAUCAGGGUCAGCUGGUACCUGAUGACGUCAUGUCUCGUCUCAUCCUGAAUGACCUGAGGGCAAUAGAUGGCGGCAGCUGGCUGCUCGAUGGUUUUCCUCGUACAGUGUCCCAAGCAGAAGCUCUGGAUGUUGUCUACACCUUGGACACAGUUAUUAACCUCAAUGUACCUUUCCAGACCAUCAAGCAAAGGUUGACUUCACGUUGGACUCACCUUCCGAGUGGCAGAGUAUACAACACAGAUUUCAACCCGCCUAAAGUCCCUGGCUUUGAUGAUGACACAGGGGAGCCUCUUUUCCAGAGGGACGAUGACAAACCAGAGACGGUGACACGGCGAUUGAAGUCUUACGAAACCCAGACGGAGCCCGUCUUAGAAUACUACAGGAGUAAAGGUGUGCUAGAGACCUUCUCUGGGACAGAAACCAAUAAGAUAUGGCCACACGUUGAAGUUUUCCUUCAGAGAAAAUUGUCUUCAAUCAAUCAAAAAGUUGAAUAGAAAGCCUGAGAAGAGUUUAUCGACAGAAACCACUGUGUGCAUUGUCCAGUCAAAAUGCCACUUUUGCAUUAAACAAAGGGAGUAAAAUAUUCUGAAUGUUUUAAAACAGGGAUAACACUCAUCUUACGUGUACAGGAGUACACGGCAGUAAAAUGGCACUUAAUACAAAACAUAAGCUUAGUGUAGUAAUGUUUCCACAAUGUUGACAUUGGUUUUUGAACGUCUCAGGUUGUGUGCAAAAUCUUUUAAACAGUAGUUGUUAGACUUUGCACAGAUUGCCUCUUCACUCCAUAGUGUGCCUUUUUAUGAAGCAAGCAGAAAACUGAGUGACUCCAAUAUUAAGGUUAUUAACAGUAAGUGAAGGCUGCGUUUGCAGAGUAUAACAGCUUGACGUGUGCCGGUGAAUGCAGCCAGUUUUUAAGGAAAGUGUAAAGUCUUUUCUAAUUAUAAUCAUUACUUCCUUUCUUGUUUGAUUCUGAUGAAUAAGAAUGGGCACACACUACAAGACUGACUUGUUGUUUUGUUUUUUAUUUUUUUGUUUUUUGGGGGGUGGGGUUAAACAUGAGAAAUCCCCUAAAAACAAUAUGGUGGGCUCUUUAUGUUUUUGCUUUAGCAUUGCUUUUCCAGAACUGCCUUGCUGGGUUUGUUUUCCAUGCACUAGGCAGCUACCCCAAAGGGAAAUGUGCCACAUUCUACAAAUCACUGUAAAUUCACUUUUGCACUCAAGUGCCUUUUGCUGCUUUUGACAAUAAACAAGGUAGUUAAAUGAAUGUAAAUGAUUUUGAUCGUAGUGGACCAGAUUAAAUGACCAGAUCACAUUUCUUAUGUUAUUUCUUUUUAAUUAAUCAGAAAAAAAGCAUUAUUGUGGAACAGCCUCUUUAGCUAGUCUUAAGUGAUUGCUCUUAAAUUCUGCCAGCUAUUCCUUGUUGUCAUUGACUGAUAUUAGCCAUUUAAUGUGAAUGUGACAACUAAAAAUAUAUAAUUAUACAGUUUGUACAAGGCUUCUGUGCUGCUUCUGUCUUGUUUGGGAGAUGUUGCAGUACUUAAGUAUCAUCUGCUGUGUUGUUGUUUCUUUUCCCUCUUGUUUUUGCACUCUUUUCUUAAAGUUUCUGCGAUAUUUUUAAAAGCCACAGAAAUGCAAACCUACCUUGAACUGUACUGUACAGAUCGAUGCAGCAAAUGUUUCCUGUGCGUAUUCCGAAACACUUGAAGAUAAUGUUUGAAGGCGUAUCUCCUUUCAUAGGUGACUCACAACUAUGUUUAUAAAUCAUAAUAAAUGUCUUACCUAGAUUCCUGGUCA